AUUGUCUAUAGCGUUAAGUUUUGUUUGUUUGUUGAACGAGAUACAGAUUCAUAGUUUCAGGUUUAUCAUUAAUUAACAGAAUAACUUUUAAAUUUGUACUGAUCUUAUUUUGAUAAUAUUAUAAUAGAUUAAUUUUUCGCUUAUAUGGACGCAUAUAAUUGAACUGUGCUAAUUAAUAAAAUUUUCACAUAACGAGAUAAGGAUCAAUCGAUUGGAAGCACGUUUGGUAACUGAAUCAUAAAAAUCAUCAUAGUGGUAAAGCGAUGGGUUACAUUGUUAAAGAAACUUCUCCAACUAAUCUUCAUGAGCGUGUCAAGAAAUUAUUAGUUUCAUAUGAAUUCAGUGACUGUUCUUUUUCUGUACUUGGGCAAAAUUUGAAAGCACAUAAAUUGCUUUUAGGUAUAAGUAGUCCAGUUUUUGAAGCUAUGUUUUAUGGGCCAUUAUCCUCCAAUGAAGAUAUAGUAAUAACUGACAUAGAACCUGACACAUUUCAACUUUUGUUGAAUUACAUUUAUACUGAUCAAGUGGAAAUAUCAUCUAUUGAUCAAGCUUUUGAAUUGCUUUAUGCAUCUCGAAAAUAUCUGUUAGAUCACCUAUCAAAUCUAUGUAUAGUUUAUAUACAGGCUAAUAUUAGUGUUGAUAAUGUAGUUGAUAUACUUAACUAUCCUGAUCACUUACAAGAUCCAAAACUGGCUUCAUUUGCUAUGAAAUUAUUUUGUGAACAUGCUAGUUUCCUUCUUGAAGAGUUCAUUGAAUAUAUAUCUUUCUCAUGUAUGAAGAAUAUACUGUCAAGUAACGAUAUUAAUAUUAAGGAAGUUGAUCUAAUUAAGAAUUUAUUUGUAUGGACAAAGUAUUAUUGCAAGCAAAAUAACAUUCCUGAUUCCUUUGAAAAUAGAAAUGCUGUCCUAUUCAAAAAAGGAUUAUUUAAAUUAUUAAGGUUUCACACACUGUCAUUGAAUGAAUUUGAAGAGAUACAAAAUGCUGCUACUAACCUUUUGCUCCCUCAAGACUUAGAAUAUAUAAAGAAAAAAAUAUUAGAUGAGCAAGAUAUAGAAAACAGAAGUCUAAUACCUGCAGUGAAUGUGCAAGUAUCACCUCGAAGACCAUUAAAUUUGCAAUGGUAUUUCUGUAAACGUAUUCCUCUUACGUCUGCAGCACCUCUUAUCAUAGAUAUUAAUAAUUACACUUUACAUUGCCGAUUGAAAACAAACAAAUCAAUAUUUAUUAACUCACUAAGCAUACCAACCAGAAUGGCACCAGUGCUUAAUUUCCACACAAUCAUACCUAAACGGUAUUCAGAACAGUUGUCUGUGACAAUUAUAUCUGAAUCUGAUAACACUAUAAUAAAAUACAUAAAUUUUAUGAACACAGUUGAAUAUGAUUCUAAUGUUGAUAUAGAACUCAAUGAACCAUGCUUCAUCAAACAAAAUAAAUGGUAUAAAAUUAGUUUCAUAUGGCCAAAGAACAUGUUUGAUCCAUAUUCAUAUGUAGUGGAGCUUAGAAAUAGUGUCUACAAUGGCUAUAGAACUAAAAUUGAAUUUGAUGAUUCUACGGCUGGCACAGAUGGAAACUUUCUGGAAGGAUUAAAAUUUUGUCUUUAAUAAUCUCACUUGUAUUAAGUUAACACAAUUACCUCAUAAUUUUAAUAUUUGCAAUCAGUGCAGUUGUAUUACUAAAUGUAUUAUUAUAAUUGUCUUUAUAUCUA